GUCUGUUCAGAAGUAAUUGUUCGGGAAUUUGGACGUACAUAACUUUGCCAUACAGAGUGAAGUUGUUAUAGGAAAAAACCCGGGUCUUGACAUGGACGCCCAUAACUGUACGAGUGAGGGGGCGGUGGCUGAAGACCUGGCCAGCAGUGAACAGUGGUGUAUCUGUAGCAGCUGUAUGGACAGGGCGGAGAAAGCCGUCAACAAACCAGUCAACAGGAUCCCUACGUCAUCAGAUCAAGUAACACAGCGACCAAUUAGUCGACUGACAGAGGACCUAACAAGAAAACGCAAUCAAAUGGCAGAUAGUGUCUACCGAAAAAAAUGUCGAUCAUAUCAAAAGGACUUGGAUUUCGCCAAUAGUCAGAUUAAAGUUACGACUGUUAACAGUAUUAUUGACCACUUCUCUCUGCUUAAAGCUGCGGAAACCAUAGAAAACGAAAAAUCAUCCAAGAAUUCCAUAAAAGAUAUGUCGCUUCAUCCAACACAGAUUCCAACGAUUAGUUUCCGAAAGGGCGGACACCAAGAAACCGAAAGAGUAAUAAUGUCUGUGAAUCCCAACAGUAAUACGAGAAAACCGAUAGCUUUGACACGGAGUGUGACAUUUGCACUUGGAGAUUUACCCUCGCGAUCAGAUGCUCAAAAAACAGUUCCUGAAGGAAAACGAAUCAAAAUUUCUGGAAGUGCGCGAAAUUUCAAAGAUCAAAGCAAAGAGGGCCCAGGUGGUAGUAAUAGAUCUGAUAAAGACAGGUACAUCACAAAUAGAUGGCUUGAGGGACAGACAAACGAGGCUAAAGGAAAGUCUGCAGCUGAAGAAGAGGCGGAAUAUUUCCAGAAACGAAUAAACGAAAUCUUCUCCGCGUCAACAUUAAAAGAAGGUCAAGAAAGACAAUUAAGUCCUCGUCCCCAAUCGUGCAUGCAAAUGGCACCAAAUAUGGCAUCACUACGCACCCGGGACUUUCUUCAAAAUACUGUUUCCAAGUACAGAUGGGUAUUCAUCCCCGGAAUUGCCAACACUCACCCGAACAAACGUCAUCUGACAAAACAAAUGGAGCGAGAAAAAGUCAAGAUCCGCAAAUCGGAGCUUGCUGCAAUUCACGCGGACUUGCGCCGGAAGGAAACUUCCAUCAAGAGAUUGCUGCGCAGAAGCACCGUUAUAAGAGCAGAGAUGAGUCACGUGACUACUGGCCGUCCUCCAGUGUAAAUAAAAACAUCG